AGGGAAAUUUUUUUUUCUUUUUAUUUUUUUAAAUUUAAAAUGGCAAGAAGCAAGAUCUCUUAAACAAUCUAAUUACAGUUUGGCCAUUUUCUUACCAGUUUCCAUUUUCAAGACUUUAUCUUUUGAGUCUCAGACGCGUUUGGCGUUUCAUUCAUCUCCCUCCCUAUCUCUCUCUCUCUUUAAAACUCCUCAUUUUUUAACAUACCAUUCGAAAACUUUUCUUUUCCUCUCGGUUUUGUAGUUUGAACUUCGUUUUCUGUUGAAUUUCGCAAGAUUUUCUCUGUAUUUCCAUUUCUUCAGAUUAAACAAUAUUUGACUUCUUCCUGUCAACUGCCUGAUCAAGCAGCAUAUUUUUACUCAUUAAAAGAAUGUUAGGUUUAAAGAAAUCUCCAUUUAAGACUGCCAAGCAUAAUUCUGUUGAUCCUGGGCGUGUUGCACCUCGCUCCAACCCGUUUGAUUCUGGUGACAAGUUGGACAAUAAGCAAACCCUUAAACCUUCCAGAAGGACUUCUUCUGAACCUACAUUGAAUCCUCCUAAUUUUGGGACCAAUCCUUUUGAUGAUGAAGAAGAGAAAGUGAAAUCUUCUUCUUCUUCAUAUUGGCAAACUUCAGCAUCACGAAACAACUAUAAGAAUGAUUUUCGUGACUCUGGAGGACUAGAGAACCAAUCAGUGCAAGAAUUGGAGAACUAUGCUGUCUACAAGGCUGAGGAGACUACAAAGACUGUGAAUAACUGUAUGAAGAUUGCAGAAGAAAUGAGAGAGGGUGCCACCAAGACUUUGAUCACCUUACAUCAGCAGGGUGAGCAAAUUACCAGGACCCACGACGCGGCUGCUGGCAUCGAUCAUCACCUUAGUCGGGGUGAGAAGCUUUUGGGAAGUCUUGGAGGCAUGUUCUCUAAAACUUGGAAGCCAAAGAAGACUCGUCCAAUAGUUGGCCCUGUUAUAACAAGAGAUGAUUCACCUAAGAGAAGGGUUGGCCAGUUGGAACAGAGGGAGAAACUGGGAUUGAAUCCUGUUCCUAGGGGACAAUCAAAAUCUCGAACACCACCCCCUGAACCCACAAAUGCAUUUCAAAAAGUUGAGGUUGAAAAGGCAAAGCAGGAUGAUGCCCUCUCCGAUUUAAGCAAUCUACUGGGAGAGCUGAAGGAUAUGGCCGUUGAUAUGGGAUCUGAAAUUGAGAGGCAAAGUAAGUGUCUGAAUGGUCUCGAAGAUGAUGUGGAUGAACUAAAUAUCCGUGUGGGAGGUGCAAAUCAACGUGCUCGUCGAUUACUUGGGAAGUAAGACUUGCUUGCAUAUGCUGCCAUCCUGUCCAACCCUUCUGUUGUUUCAUUCUCUAUCAUAAUGAUCCCCAUGCACAUGCAAAUUGGAUUGAGACGGUCUCCUGCUUCUUUUCUUUUUUUCUCAUCUAUUAAUAUACAUUUGAACUCUUAUACAACUUAUUUUUGACUACAUUUCAUGUAUAAUCAUUACCCUACAAUCAUCUAAUCACAAUUCAAAAUUAUGUAAAAUUUAUCAAAAUUUUGUAUGAAAUUUAUACUUAUAAUUGAUAGAUUUUUACAUAAUUCUUUAUUGUGAUUGAAUAAUUGUAAGAUUAUAAUAAAAAAUAUAUAAUAGGUGAAAUGCAUAUGAAAAUUUUCACUUGGUAUCACCUUAAUUACAGGUCUUGAUGUAAAGAUUCAAAACUAAUAGUAUCAACCAAAGGUUAAUUUAGUGAAUCGAAGUUUCAUGGCAGUAAUAAUUUGUGAUUUAAAAUAAUGUUAUAUCAAGAUUAUAAGAUAAUUUUCACCAACUCAAGCCCAUGGGAUCAUCACUUUGAAGCUAUGGUUAACAGAUAAACUGUUACAUUGCUUGGUAUAUGCAAGUACUAGCUAUCUAAGAUUUUUUUACAUCAAAAAAAUGAAAGAAUAGGAUUGACGGCGUGACUGAAUUUUGGAACGAAUUUUGGACCAAGGAGAUCAUGUAUGCUCUUCAAACAACUAGUGUAAAUCAACCAAAAAAAUUCCAUCCUAUCUUCUCCUCUUCGUGUUGGAAGAGAUGGGGGGUAUUAAGGAUAUUAACAUCAACAAUGAAAACCAUUAGACAAAGAUGAUGGGCAAAAUCCAAGAUUACAAACUAACAAACCCCAAAAAUUCAUAGGGUUAAAGCAAUGAAACAGAAAAUUUCACUGUAAGCCAAGAUAAAUCUAGUGACUAGUGAAAGCCAAAUCUCUAAACAGAAUAAUGGCGUGUCCCGUUUUCUGGCAAUACAGCAAAAGUCGUGAUGUUAAAUAUGUCUCUAAAAGGCAAACGCAAAUUACACAACCUAAAAGAGUAGGCCAACCUUCCCUGAGAUUUACAAUGCAGGCAGUGACCAGAGGGUUCUUGUAUCCUAAAAUUUAUAAUCCUCAUCUAAAAGCAAACUGUCAGAAAGAGGGGCAUAAUUGCAUAUACCUGAUCCAUUGCAACGACAGUAGUAUUUACUUCAAUAAAUCUAUAAGAACCACAAGUCAGAGUUAAACUCAAGAAACAUAAUGAUUACUAAGACAAAGAAGCCAUUUGCAAGCAUAAAUGUUUCCAUGGGUUCCAUCUCUGAAAAGUAAACACAGCGAUGAGCAUAUUUACACUAAUAGUCGGAAAACUCUAUGGGGUUUAUGGAUCUAGGCAUCUAACAUCGUCUUUAGGGUGCCUAAAUCUGCCUAAACAUGGAACAUGAAAAAGAUUUACCAAGAUGGAUCAUACCAAUAAAUGAUUUCAAACUCACCCUAAUCUCUUUUCCAGCCAUAAAACUUCAUUAAUCUCAAUACAAGUUCCACUUCAGCAAUUGAAGUUUUGUUGCCAAAGUAAUAUAUGGCUAGGAAUUGUUACUCCAAAAUACCUUCAACCUUUGUCAAAAGCAUGAUAAAAAGGCCAUUGGUUAAGCUAGGAAAUACCAUCGGACAUGCUUCUCAAAACCUUUAUCUAAUAAUUAUCUAACUUCUACUGACUUCUUUAACUAGCACACCCUACAUGCUAGGGGUUGUUAAAAGAUUCCAAUCUCAGAAUCCAUAUCCAGAUAUCCUAAAAACUACUUCAGGUUUUACCUAAAGGAAGGGAAACAAGGCAAAGAGCGAAGGAUAUCAUCAAAGACAUUUCCUUCCCAUAACAAGCCAAUUGCCAGUAACUCAAUGCCUGCAAAAGUAAUCUAAUUCAACUUUCAACUCAACAGAUAAUAAUUUAAAUCUCUAAUAUCAUUCUUUUGCCUAAGUUCUCAAAAGGCCACAACUUGAAUGUGUAAUAAACAUUUUGUUACAUGACUAACAUCUGAAAACAUGGCUUCGACAUGCUUGAUAUUUACAAGGAUAAAGUGAUUAACUAAAAUAAUGAGAAUAACAAAUCAAUAAUCAAAUCAAAAUUCCGCUUUCCCACAUAAAAGAGCAACAUGAACUAACAAUCUAGCUAUGAUGAAGCUUCCAAAUCUGCAUAUCUAUUCAAGUUACACCUCCAAC